CUUCCGCUUUACUCGUUUGCAAUCAUUCUGCCUACAAGUCAUCGUUCGUCAAGCCCUACGGGUUUCACUCAUCAACGGCAAAACUCUACCGCCAUCAAAGUAGAACAUCAACGAUCGUGGUAUUCGAAAAUGAUGAAUGCCACCAAAAACCGGAAAUCCCUGCUCGUAAAAUGUGCAUUAGCAGGAGCGGCUAUUCUUUUGCUCUUGUGGAUCCUCAUGGCCAAUGACAGAUACACGCCUCUCAAGUCUUCCUUAACAGACAAUAACGAUAAAGUGACAGUGGAAAAAGAACAAACAGAAACAGCAACAGCAGCGUCUGAACAUUGUGCGACCCCGUUUCCUGGUCGGCCACUGGUACAGUAUGCCAUCAUGAUUGACGCUGGGUCUUCGGGUUCUCGUGUCCAUGUCUAUCGAUUCAAUUACUGCAAGGAAGAGCCCGAACUAGAAGAUGAAGUGUUCAAAAUGCUCGAACCGGGUCUUUCUUCGUAUGCAGACGAUCCUCAGGCCGCCGCCGGAUCGCUCGAUCCACUCAUGAAGCUUGCUGUCGAAAGUGUUCCCAUCCACUUGCAACACUGUACCCCUAUUGCCGUCAAGGCGACAGCCGGUCUGCGGUUGUUAGGCAAAAGCAAGAGUGAUAAGAUUCUUCAAGCUGUCCGUCAUCGCUUGGAAACCGAAUAUCCUUUUCCCAUCGCCGGUCCCAAUGGCGUCGAAAUUAUGGAUGGAAAAGACGAAGGUGUUUAUGCGUGGAUUACCGUCAAUUAUCUGUUGGGGAGAUUAAAACCGAGUCAGCGAGGCAAUUCAGCGGCCAUUUUUGAUUUGGGAGGGGCGUCAACUCAGAUUGUUUUUGAACCGACUUUUGAAUCACCCGAUGCGACCAUGGAAGAAGGCGAUCACAAGUAUCGUUUGGAAUACGGUCACCGUCAGUACGAACUGUACCAGCACUCUUAUUUGAACUAUGGUUUGAACGAAGCACGCAAACAUAUUAAAAAGGCAAUGAUUACUCGAUGGAAAGACGAGGGUCUUCCGACCGAUCGUGUAUACCAUCCGUGUUUGCCGAACAAUCAUACGGAAUCGGUCGAGUGGAUGGACGGCAAUCGCACUGUGUCGGUGGAGCUGGUGGGCACAGGAGCGGGACACACCGAAUGUCGUGCGGUGAUUGAGCGAGUGUUCAACAAGGAGAAACCUUGCACGCUCAAACCUUGUGCGUUUGACGGGAUUUAUCAACCGCCUCUUGUCGAUACAUUCAAGGAUCAGGACUUGUAUAUCUUUUCGUAUUUCUACGACUUGACGCAACCACUGGGAAUGCCUGCGGAAUUUUCGGUCAAAGACUUGGGCACAGUGGCUCAACGUUUGUGCGAUGGCCCGGCGGAUCACUUUCGACAUAUUCCAGGCGCGAUCGCUACCUUGGCAGAUACCCCCGAUUACUGCCUCGAUCUGACGUAUGCUUACAGCUUGUUACGGAUCGGUUACGAGAUGCCCGUUGAGCGCCUGGUGCGCACAGCCAAGAAAAUCAAUGAUGCUGAAACUGGCUGGUGCCUGGGUGCUUCCAUCCACAUGAUUGAUGAAGUUAAAGUGUGCAAAAUAGAUUAAAUUCCUCCAUGUCCCCCCAUCCUUCCUCUUCCCUCCAUAAAAAUAUAUCUCGUAUUUAUUUUCGUAAA